AUGAGUAGUGAUUCAUCGACUGGGAAAAGUCCCCCUAAGAAGAAAUAUGUGAAAUAUGAACAGAAAUUCGUAAAUUUGUGGUUAAAAGAUGAUUCAAAGUUCAAAGGCUGGUUAAAGAAAAGCACUAAAGAUUCGAAAAUUGCGGAACAAUUAUCAAUGAGCCGCACAAAAGCUAGAGCUAUUAACGCUAGAGAUUUCAAAAUAUUUCAAGCAUUCACAAAUAUUAAACCACACAAAUUGCUCCACCCUAGCCAAAGCAGAUGGUUGUCACUUAUUGAAGUAGAACAAUUACCAGCUAUAAAAUUGUAUUUUCAAGCUGCAGUUCAUGUAGAUAGAUUACUUUCUGCGCAAUCAAUUCUCUCCAAGGCUCUCGAACCGACAACUGAAUUGUACAUUGAGUUUUUGAAAUUUGCAUUACCUAUAUUUAUCGAUCUCAAUAAAGAAAUGCAAUCAGAGACUCCGAAAUUAUAUUUACUAUACGACAAAAUACUGACCGCAUACACAACUAUCUUGGAAUGCUUUGUGCAAACUGAAUAUUUGAAUCUCACUGAACAAGAAAAAAAUGAAGCACAAAAUGCUUUAGACGCAAUGGGAACUAAAAUAUUAAACCUUGACUUCUCGAGUGAGCAGAAACAUUUACCGUUGCAACAUAUAUACGUUGGUGGAAUGGUGCCAAAUCUGAUCAGAAGAAAGAGAGAAAUAGGAAAACUAGAGGAAGAACAGCUGAAAAUUUCUACUAAAAGUGUAGGGAGUUUUAUAUGGAGGCUGCAAAACAGAUAUUAA